GGCCACGUUUGAGCACAGAACUCGACCAGCCGUCGACUACUACACAACAACUCUCUCCUCUCCUCUGUCGAGUGAAAUUUUGUAUCUCAAGUUUCUCCUUUCAACAAACUUCAAAGUCUCUAAAAUGGUGAAGGCUAUCCAACGCAAAUCAGUGUCGUCAUCUUCGUCUCCAUCCAGCGGAUCCGUCCUGGACGGCAAAGUUCGCAAGCAUCCGGCCGAUCACGAGCAAGUGGAGAUCCAGAUGUACCUGAGCAAACUGCGCGAGCUGGUGCCCAACAUGCCCAAGAACCGCAAAGUCUCCAAGGUGGAAGUCAUCAACAACGUCAUCGACUACAUUUGCGACCUCCAGACGGCCCUCCUGGAUCAGCUCCAGCAUCCAUCGGCUGCUUCCGCCCUCAUCAACAACAACAACAACAACCUGGUCAACGGUUGCGCUCUGCCCAUCGUCAUGGAAACCUCCUCGUCGGCCGAUUGUCCGACCUGUUAAUUCAUCCGAAUUCCGGAAUCAUCUCAUCAUUCGACUACCUCAUCCAUCCCAUUCGGAUUCAUUUUGUUUCACCUGUGAUAACUACCUCAUUUUCAUUUCUCUCUCUUUCACUGUGUACAUAAUUCACACACACACACACACAGCAUAUCAAACUAUUAUAUUUGAAUUUUGUUUUUUUCCCGCCUGUCGCAAUUUUUCUCUCGUUCGAAAAAUUUGAGUCCCGCGAAAAUACAAAAAUUUCCAAUUUGAAACACAAAA